AUGAAGAAGGAAUCGAAGCGCAAGUGGGUCACCCGCUUCCGUAAUGUGGCAACACGAAAGAAGAAGGAAAGGAAGAUUAAACUCAAGGAGAAGAAAUCGGCCACUACGCGUAUCAAGCCUUGGUUCGAGAAACAUCUCAUCGAACCCAUCGCCUCGUCGAAGCUCGCACAGUGGCUCCCCUUCCUUCGCCGCGAGCCCACGACGGGCGAGCGCGUCAUUCGUGUCAACGAUCGGGUAGCCAACACGCACCAGCGCUUCAAGAACAACGCCAUCUCGACCACCAAGUAUGGGCCUAUCACCUUCUUGCCCAAGAAUCUCUACGAGCAAUUCAAACGUCUUGCCAACUUGUGGUUCUUGAUCGUUGCCGUGAUUCAGCUUAUCCCUGGCGUUUCGCCCUUGAACCCUGCUUCAUCUAUUGUGCCGCUGGUCUUCGUGUUGCUAGUCACGGCCGUCAAGGAGGCCUUUGAAGACAUUAAACGUCGCGUUUCCGAUACGAGAGUGAAUGGGCAGAAGGUGCUCCUCUACGACGGCGUCGAGUGGACCCCCGUCAAGUGGAAGGACGUCCGCGUGGGUGACAUCCUCAAGAUCAGGAACAACGAAACCAUCCCGGCAGAUAUGGUGGUGCUUCACACCAGCGACAAAGACGGUCUCGCCUACCUUGAGACCGCUAACCUCGAUGGAGAAACGAACUUGAAGGUGCGCCAAGCCCUUGAGGAGACGACCGAUGCCCUUCACGAGCACUCGGCCAUCAACAGCUGGAAUGCCCAAGUCAAGUAUGAGCGACCCAAUCCCGAGCUCUACAAUUUCGAAGGUGCCCUGAUCAUCAAUGAUCACGAGGACGACGCCAUCCCGCUUAACCUGGAGCAAACCCUGUGGAGGGGCUGUACCUUGAGGAACACGGAAUGGGCUGUCGGCGUCGUUGUGUUCACCGGCAUGGACACCAAGGUGAUGAAGAACGCCCGGGACCCGCCUUCCAAGCGCAGCCGUCUGGAGAUCGAGAUGAACCGAGCCCUUAUCACCAUUUUCCUCUUCGCCAUCGUUAUUGAUUUCAUCGGUGCCGUCAUCUCCGGCGCCUGGUCCGAGGCCCGCGGGUUCGACCACUGGUAUCUCCAACUCAAGAACAUCGAGAGCAGCGCUGCGGUCAUUGGUCUUGUGAGCUUUGCCAGUUGGCUCAUUCUUUGCAACGUCAUCAUCCCCAUUUCGCUUUACGUGUACAUCGAGUUGGUCAAGCUCGUCAUGGUCUUCUGGAUCAACAUGGACGUGGAGAUGUAUCACGCCGAAACCAACACCCCUGCUCGUGCUAACACAUCCAAUCUUGCUGAAGAGUUGGGCCAAGUCGAGUACAUUUUCAGCGACAAGACGGGUACCCUUACGUCAAACGAGAUGUUCUUCAUGCGCUGUUCCAUCAUGGGCAAGGCCUACGGCGAAGACCUCGAGGCGGUUGAAGAUGGCGAUCAUGAGAAGACGAAGGACGACUUCAAGGUCCCCACCGAACACGAAGUCGAAGAGGCCGAGGAACGCCCCGAGGCGUACAUUUUCAAGGAUCCUGAAUUGAAGCAGGACGUGCACGACACGGCGUCUGAUCCCGCGCUGUUCUUCCGUAUUUUGGGCCUGUGCCACACAGUGCUCGUCGAGCAGCAGCAGCUGGGCGAGGAGGACACAGUUCAUGAGCGCAAGGACGAUGAGGACGAGCGAGUGGCUGAAGCGCCGCGCGGAAUGAAUGGGCUCACCUACCAGGCCGCCUCACCCGACGAAGCCGCUCUUGUGGAAGCCGCGCAGAAGCUUGGCUUUGAGUUCUUUGCUCGCGACCAGCACACUAUCUCCAUCCGUGUGCACGGCGAGGAAGAGCAGUGGAAGCUGUUGAACGUGCUCGAGUUCAACUCUGACAGAAAGCGAAUGUCCGUCAUUGUGGAGGACCCGUUCGAUGGCAAGAUAAAGCUCUUCUGCAAGGGAGCUGACACGAUGAUCUACGACCGGCUGGCUGAUGGCCAGGACGAAAUCAAGGAAACGACGAUGCAGCAUCUCGAGAUGUUUGCCGCCGAUGGUCUUCGCACGCUGUGUUUGGCUGUGAAGGAGCUCGACAGGGACACCUAUGAAGAGUGGAACACCAAGUACAACCAAGCCGCCCUCCAAAUCAGCGGCAGAGAGGCUGCGCUGACACUUCACUCUAUGAUAUUCGGCUCGCUCCAGAUUGACGCCGUCUCCGAGGAGAUCGAAACGAACCUGGUGCUUGUGGGCGCUACUGCCAUUGAGGACAAGCUUCAAGACGGAGUGCCGGAGGCCAUCGCCACUCUGCUCAGUGCCGGUCUCAAAAUGUGGGUGUUGACUGGAGACAAGAUGGAAACGGCCAUCAACAUCGGCUACUCGUGCUCUCUUCUGAACAACAACAUGAACAAGAUGGUCUUCAGCUCCGAGCCGAUGGAGGGUUAUGAGGACUACACUGUCACCAACAGGGACUCUGCCAUCAACGCGCUCGAGAGCUACAUCAAGCUGCACUUCCCUCACAUGCCCAAGUGGACUCCCGGACCCGACCCUGACACAAUGUCCAAGAGUGAGAGAAUGAAUGGCAUGGAAAUGGAAGUCAUAACUGCUCGCACAUCCUCCUCAGGAGACGAAGCCGAUAUGGUUCGCAAGGGAUCUCACCUCGAUGACAGUGAUUCUGAAGAUGGAUGGGACGGCAAGCGAAAGGAGCGCAAGCCCGUCAAGAAGGGAGGCAAGGAACUCGUUGACGGCCAGGAAGGCGACGACCUGGAUGACGACGAGGAGGCCACCGGCCCAACACAGUAUGCGCUCAUCAUCGAUGGCAAGUCGCUGGCGCGAUUCGUGCCCUCGAAGGGACCCUUCACCGACGUGUCUGCCCGUUUCCUGGCCCUGGCGAUGAAGUGCAAGGUGGUCAUCUGCUGCCGCGUGUCUCCGCUCCAGAAGGCCCUUGUGGUCCGUCUGGUGAAGAAGGGCAUCAACGCCACCACGUUGUCUAUCGGUGACGGCGCCAACGAUGUCCCCAUGAUUCAGGAGGCUCAAGUCGGUGUGGGCAUCAGCGGUAAGGAAGGCCGACAGGCAGUCAUGGCGGCCGACUACGCCAUCGCCCAGUUCCGCUUCCUGGUUCCCCUGCUGCUCGUGCACGGCCACUGGUCGUACCGCAGGAUGGCAGUGCUGCUGCUCUACUCCUUCUACAAGAACAUCAUCUUCGCCUUGGUCAACUUCUGGUUCGGCAUCUUCUCCGGUUUCUCUGCCCAGACCCUGUUCGACAGUUGGGCCGUGUCUGUCUACAACAUCUUCUUCACCGGUUUGCCCAUUCUGAUGGUGGCCAUCUUCGAUAAGGCCACUUCGCGCCAACAGAUCCUGCAGUACCCUAAGGUUUACGAACGAGGCAUCAGGAGCAAAGACUUCUCUCGCUGGGAUUUCUGGGGCUGGCAGUUCCUUGGCAUCGUGCAGUCGAUCAUCAUUGCCUUCUUCGGCUUUGCUUCGUACAUGCACUCCGACGUCUCGCACGACGGAGGAGUCCUCGACUUGUUCUCCAUGGGCGCGACCAUCAUGACCUCUGUCAUUUACGUGGUGUCAGUGAAGAUCGCCCUGAUCACCAAGUUCGUGCUCCCCUCCCUGUUGCUUGGUUACAGCAGGCCGAAGGCACUCACCUCGCAUCUCUGUUACAGUACCUGGACGGGCUGGAACCACUUCGGUCUGUACUUCAGCGUGUUCCUGUGGUAUGCCUUCUUGUUGAUCUACGGUCUCAUCCCGCCCAACUCGGUUCUCAGCGGAAGUGAUCUGUGGUGGAAGCCCUACAACUUCAUGGCUUUGGCGUGGUUCUGGCUCACCCCGAUCCUCACCACCGCGGCUUGCUGCUUCCCCGAUCUCGCUUACAAAUUUGUGAGGCGCACGUACUUCCCCGACGCCGAUCACAUCAUCCAGGAGGUCCAUGCCAUCGACAAGAAGAAGAAGAAGCCCAAGAAGCCGAAGAGGACUUUCUUCAAGCGCGUGCGUGCCACCGGCAAGUCGAAGCACACUGGCUUCGCGUUCUCGCAGGCCCCCGGUGCCCGAGAUCUGCUCUACGCGCUCGGUCUGGCGCCGCUGCCCAAGGAUAAGCAUGCGGCCGACAGCGACGAUGACACUGAUAAGAAGGGCAAGGAAGUGAACGACAAGAAGGCCAAGAAGAACGACAGCAAGAAGGCGAAGAACAAGAAGAACAGGUCGGCUUCGACGAGCUCUUCUUCUGCGGACGAGGCCCCCGCCGACUACAGGAGGGACAGCCACCUCCUCGACGAGCCGCUCAGCGAAAGCGAGACCAACGACAGCGCCAGCCUCUAUGGAUCCAAGCACUGA